AGCAGUGAAAAGAAUGACAAUAUAUCAAGAAAUUCAUAUGUAUAUACAUACACAUUUAUUCAUAUAACAACAACCAGUAAAAAAGAAGACCAUGAAUUUGAGAGAGAGAGAGAGAGCAAGAAGGAACAAUAUGACGCUUCAAUGUAGAUGAUUUCCCUUUUUCUCUACAUACUUGUUAUAUGGUCUUCCCCCUCAGGAUCUUGUCACUGAAGAACAACCUGCUGGUUCAGAGACUUCACAUGGAUACAGUCCAAGAACCAGAGAUGUGCCAUUUUCUUCGCAUUUUUUAAAGUCCUAUGAUUCCAAAGAAAUUUCCAGAUGCAUGGCCAAGACAAGCCAAAGUGUUUUCCAGGUUCAGUAGAUACUUCUGUUGUGGUGCUUAAAUUAGUAAGUUCACUCUGCAUGUACAGUUCUUAUACCAUAGAACCUAAUGUGAGCAUAGCAGAAUGCUCACCAUUCCUAGAUUCUUGUUCUUUUGUUUAAAUUAGAAAAUGUUCAUGGUUCUAACACAUCCAGAGUUCAGUCUGGAUGGAUUGUAAAAUUCAGUUAUUAGAGUUUCUACUCUGUCACAGAGAGGAUAAAACAAAAAGAAAUAGGGAGAUAAGAUAAGGGAGAUGCUGUUGUGUGCAUCAUGCUUCUUGCUUUUCCCUUGACUUCAAUUGUAGCCAUCUAGGAUUUGACAGCCCCACUCUCAGGAUUAGAGAUCUUCAUGAUCCUUUAAUCCACCACUUAUUUAUAUUUCACAAGAUAUCUUAUAGAAAGAUGGCUUUGGUAAAUGGCUCUGUGGUAACUGAAUUCAUUCUCUUGGGAUUAACAGACCAGCCUGACCUUAAAGCUCCUCUGUUCCUGGUCUUUCUAUUAAUGUACAUGAUAACUGCAUUGGGAAAUUUGGCUUUAAUUAUUCUCAUUGUGCUGAAUUCUCACCUUCAUACCCCUAUGUAUUUUUUCCUUUGUAACUUAUCCUUUGUAGACUUUUGUUACUCCUCUGUAAUUAUACCAAAAAUGCUGAUGAACUUUAUUCUAAAGAAAAAUUUUAUCUCCUAUGUGAGUUGUAUGACUCAGUUCUAUUUAUUUGGUUUCUGUGUCAUUUCGGAGUGUUAUAUUCUCACAUCAAUGGCUUAUGAUCGUUAUGUGGCUAUCUGCAAUCCACUUUUGUAUAAUGUUGUCAUGUCUCCAAAGAUGUGUUCCUAUCUCAUGCUUGGUUCAUAUUUGAUGGGGUUUUCUGGAGCCAUGAUUCACACUGGAUGUCUCCUGAGACUGUCGUUCUGUGAUGGAAACAUUAUCAACCACUAUUUCUGUGAUCUCCUUCCUUUGCUGCAGCUCUCCUGCACCAGCACCUAUGUCAAUGAGAUAGUGCUAUUAAUUGUAACAGGGAAGGAUAUCAUUGUGCCCACUGUGAUCAUCUUUAUCUCAUAUGGCUUCAUCCUUUCCAGCAUACUUCAAAUGAAUUCCACUAAGGGCAUGUCAAAGGCCUUCAGCACCUGUAGUUCCCACAUAAUUGCUGUCUCUCUGUUCUUUGGGUCUAGUGCAUUUAUGUAUCUCAAACCCAACUCAACUGGAACGAUGAACAAUGGAAAGAUAUCUUCAAUAAUUUAUACUAUCUUAAUUCCUAUGAUGAAUCCAUUAAUUUAUAGCUUGAGAAACAAAGAUGUUAACGUUGCCUUGAGAAAAACUUUGAGAAAGAAAAUCUUGUAAUCAGAAACUGUUAUUUACUUUAAUUGGAAAUUGUUUUUCUUUGUUAUUUUAGUGGAAACACAUUCCUGGUCCUACAAAUCUGGCAAAAAAUAAAAAUAAAAAAUAAAUAAAAAACAUUUGCAACCCUCAUAGCAACUAGCAGUAAACCCCCUCAUAUGCUUUUGAAGAAUAGAAAAAAUAUCACAGUGCCUUAUAAAUUCUGAACUCUUUACCCAUAGAUUACUGUAGUUCUCAGGCCCUAUCAGAGAUGUU